AUGGCAGCCAUAAUAAGUCUCAUCCCCAUCCAGUGGAUGGCAGUGGAUGCCACCACCACCUACAAGUGCCUCUCCCUGUAGUUAGGCUUCCUGCGUGUCUGCCUGGUGAUGCCAUUUACCAAAGUGGAAAUGGACUUUUCCUGCAAUGGCACCAGGAACAGCACCUGCACCCCAGCCUUUUUUAACAAAUAUUCACAGCCUAUGAUGGUGGCCUGGAACUUUAUCUAUGUCCUGCUUACCCUCCUCACCUGUUCCCUGGCCCUGAAGGGGAGCUUCCAGAGGGAGAUUGAUGGCGAGCUGGAGGCUCAGGCUGUGUGCAUAGACACCAGGUGCAAGACAGUCAUAGAUCUCCACAGAGAUAGAGUCACUGUGGGCUUCUACCUGCUGAGCAUCACUCUGCGUAUUCUUGUUGAAGCCUGGUUGUAUGUUCUGCUACCUCGGAACCUGUCCGCAUUUGAUAAUGGUCUAUAUAAAUGCUCAACAGACAUCUGCUCUGAGUUACAUAUUUGCGUUGUCAGGGCCGCACCAGAGAAAGGCAUGUCUAAUUAUGCUCUGGCUUCCAUCUCUUGCAUGAUUAUUGUUUGUUCAGUCUCAUUUUGCUCACUACAUUUGCAACUUUUAAACACUGACACUUUUCUUAUCUGCAAUAUUCCAAUGUGGUCUUAA